UGACUUGUAACCCUCUAGAUGUGCGGUCGAAACAAAUAUGGCGGCCUCCAUGAGAAGGUUGCUCUCGAAGCACAAUAAUGCUUUUAAUGUAUCUGCCUUGUUGACAAACCUGCCCUGCUGUCCUGCAUACAAUCAUGUCCCCGUGGUGUUUAAAACGAACAAGCACUGGGACCCAAAGUUCAAAAGCAGAAGACGAGAAAAGAUGAUAAGGAUUCUAAAAACACCCAAGGAGAAGGCUAGAUUCGAGGAAGAAUAUCAGAGACUAUACAAUAUAUAUAACCCUCGGAUGAGCGAUCCCAAAGAUAAUAAAAUCUCCAUUCAGGAAACAAAGACUGUGUUUGACAGAUAUGUGCCACCAGAAGGCGAUGGCAAGGAGUCCAUUCUCUCAACAGCAGGAGUUUCCACGAGGAUGGAUAAUCUUAAGCGUAAAGGACUGACAUGGUGGCAGGACAUGCGAUCCAUCAAGAAAUACGAAGAGAACUUCUCGGUGAAGACGAUAGCAUCAGAAUUAGUGGAGGUCUAUAUAGAGGCUCACAAUAUCCUGCCAAUGUACAAGCAGAAACUAAACAGAUUUCAUGAGCUUGUAACAGCACACUGUGCCGAGAAAAUGACCAACCGUAUGGAGCAAGUGACCAUGCGCUGGCAGUAUCAUGAGGCCAUAGAGGUGCCCAGGGUGGUCAACAUAAAGGCCAGGAACUUCAUCAUCAAGGACAACAUGUUUGCCCAGGUCACAGUCCGCAUGCACACAAAACAGACCCUAGCUGUAUAUGACCAGUUUGGAAGAAUCAUGUAUGGCAGUGAACACUACCCUGUGAAUGUGCUGGAGUAUAUUGUAUUUGAGAAAAACAUUUCGGACUCAUAUGGUCGCUGGAGACUACAUGAUAAGAUAAUACCUAAGUGGGCCACAGAACCAGCAACGUCCCAUGCUUCCAAGAGAAUGGAUAGCGGGUAUGCGAAAUCAGUUGACGACGUGCUGGAAAAUUGAUUAAAGGUUGAAACAUAAGAGAACAAAAAUUGAAACAAAAGAUAAGAAGGCUGUUGCUCUCUCAUGAUGUAUUAAAAGAUAGAUAUGGGCAGGUGAUGGUGAAAUUAGUUAAAUGAUAAAAAAUAUAUUAAUUGAUGAAUUUUCAUGUCCCCCACACACUAUAGUGGGGGACAUAUUGCUUAAAGCAAAAUAAGCGUGACACUUAAAAGAAAAAUGUUUUUACAAGUGGAAAUAAUAUAGAUGUUUCUAUUUGCUGAAACUUCAAAUUUUAUGAAAUAUUGUGAAAUUAGUUAAAUGAUAAAAAAUAUAUUGCUUGAUGAAUUUUCAUGUCCCCCACCCACUAUAGUGGGGGACAUAUGACCUAAAGCAAAAUAAGCGUGACAUUUUGUAAAAAAAUAAAGUUUUUACAAGUGGAAAUAAUAUAGAUGUUUCUAUUUGCUGAAACUUCAAAUUUUAUGAAAUAGUUGAGGUUUCAAUGAAAUCUUUUCAUUUAGUAUGAAAAAAAUAACCAUGACUGACAGAAAAUUUGUUAAAAGUGUAAAAAUGUACAAAAAAUAUAUAGCAAAAUAUAGGAAUGAAAGAGACAAUAUAUUAUUAUUUAUCUAUUUUAUGAGUUAGUUGGGAUAUAGAGAAUGAAAAAUAUAACUACUUUGUGCAUGAUAAACAUCCUUAUAUGAAAAUUAUUGAUAAAAUAAGAGUCAAAAGGUAGUGUAAAAAGAGUCUUGAACAUGGUCAGUUUUAUUACAAGGAGAUUCAAGGACUAUUUUGUACACAAACAUGUUUGUCAUGUAAUACCAUGGCAUUAAAAUCAAUGUUCAAAACUUGACCAACUUAUCUUGCUUAGUUUUUGAGAUAUGAUGUCACGUAUUAAAUCACUAAAACCGUGACUGUUGGAACAAAAAUGAGAAGUUACAUAUGAAGUAUCAGUUAUUAGUGUAAUGGAGGAGAAUUCUUGCUCUUUUAUACAUUUACACAAUAUACUGUUCUAUUUGGCAGGAAAGGACAGUAAUGUUGAAUUUUAGUGUUUGAAAAAUAAGUAUAGAAACACAGUAUUAUUUUGCACUUCCUACUUAACUUAUUGCCAUUUUGUAAUCUAGUAUUUAAUCAAAUGUACCUAGUAGAUCUAUAUUUUUAAUUAUUUUAUGCAAGAUGAAAACCAAAGCAGUAAGAAAAAUAAUUUCUGUUGAAAUAUUUAACGGUUUAGUGUAAAUAUUUUUAAGAAUUAAUUAAAUAUAUGAAUGUGACUGUUAGGACAUGUUCCAUUGCAUUAAGACCAUUAUUUUGUGUGCAUUUAUGCAUAUUUUACACUACAAUGUAACAAAAUUAUAAUAACAGAGGUUUUGGAAUCAUCUGGAACACAGAAUAUUACAUUUGGGGUCCAUUAAAAUUUUGUGAUCUGUGUAUAGUAAAUCAGCUGUGACUGUGGGGACAAAAAGUUUCUAUAGUUAGUAUGAUGAAUUGAUAAACCUGAAAGGUCGAAGACUAGUUUUAUUCUCUCAAUGGCUUUUCAAUGAAGACAAUGACAUGCAUGCUUAUAUUUAGGGUGAUGUUAAAGCAGAAAUAGAGGCACUUUAAAAAGCCGUGACUGUUGGGACAAAAAACGUGACUGUUGGGACACAUAUUCUAGGCAAUGUACAGUUGAUACUUGUCAGAAUAUAAGUUUGACUGAAUUUGUAUACCUCUGUAAGGUUCUUAAAAAUAAGUUAAGAUCGCUUUUUCAUAGAAAUCUGCUAUCGUUGUCAAACAGUGAGCAUUAGAAGAGACACACCGUCAAACCGUGACUGUUGGGACAAAUUUGGUGCAUUUUAGGACACAAAUCUCCAGAAUACAGGAAAUAUUAUGACAAAGGUUGGGAUACCAUCUUUAGAUGGUGCCUAAUGUCUAGUGAAAUAGAUAGGAUACAUACAUUUAAAGCUGCCUGUAUAGUUUAUUUCAUGCAAUAUAUAAUAAAGGUAUGAAAAUGCUCUUUUGGCCUCAAUUGAGUAUAUUUUAAAAAAAAAAACACGUUAAAUUAGAAAAUGCUUGUUUUUUUCUCUCGAAAAUGUUUUUCUGAGAAAGACAGAUAGUCUUGCUGCUGUAUAAAUACAAAAAUAAUUUAAUAUGAUUCUAAAAUAUCUUUAAACAUGCAUUUCUUAUUUACCAAAAAAAAAUGUCAUGCUAAAAUGACAGUUUUUUGCAAGUUUAGGCAACUUUAAAGUUUCAUAAUUUCCAAGCGAGUGGAACGGUUUAUCUGAAAUUUUCAACACAGAAAGAGUAAAACCUAUUGAAAUGAAAACAUAAUCAGAAAUUUGAUUGUAAAAAGAAACUUUUCUUAAACAUGCCUUCAAAGCCUGGCCUCACUGAAAAAAAGGCUUAUUUUGCUUUAGGCCAUAUUGUUUUUGCCCUUUCUGUUGGUGUGUUUGUUUGCCCCAACUUUAAAAUUUUGCUAGAACGUUGGAAAUAUUGAAGAUAGCAACUUCAUAUUUGUCAUGCAUGUGUAUCUCAUGGAGCUGCACAUUUUGAGUGGUGAAAGGUCAAGGUCAUCCUUCAAGGUCAAGGGUCAAAUAAAUAGCUUCAAAGCGGCGCAGAAGGGGACAUAGUGUUUCUGACAAACACAUAUCUUGUUGUUAAUAAAAUUUAAUGAGAUGUAUGUUGGUACUGCUGUGGCCAGCAUGUAAGUUUUUCUGUGUUAUACCUGAAAGCUGUUGUGCGCCUUCUGUAAUGAUAAAAAAUCUGUGAGAAAUAUAAGAUUUAUAUUCUUUAUAAUUUUUAAUUAAUAAUGUUUGUGAUUGUUUUAAAUAGGUCACAAAUAUAGCUGUUAAAUAGU